AUGGACCCGGCGUCCUCCUCGUCGUUCAGCUCUCCCUCCCCCCUCCCCGACAAGCCGGAGCCCCAGGACGCGUCGGCCAGCCAGCGCACCCGCAGCUUCGGCGUUCGCAUCGCCGAGUCCUCCCCCACCUCUGCCCGGCUCGUCAGGCCGAAGGUGGAGCCCGGGCUCCCCGCGGAGUACGAGGCCAUAGUCUGGCGCGGCUUCUCCGACGAGGAGGCCCUAAAGUGGGCGCGGGAUGACUACCUCCGCGACGAGAUGUAUAGCACGUGUAUACUUGUUCGAGAUGGCACGUUAGCUAUCUCAUCUCAAAAGAAGAAGAUGGCACCGUCGGAUCUGCAUCCCAAACUGAGCAAGCCAUACACCAUGUCGACCUCCUGGCAUGCCAGCGGCAAUGGUCUCCCCUCCGUUCCCGGCUCCGCUUCCUCCAUCAUUGCCGGCGCCGUGAGCGGCUACCACUUGCUGAAGAUCGUCGGCUACUCGCGCACCAAGGAGCUCCCCAAUGGCGAGUGGAUCGACUCUUGCCCGUUCCAGGUGGGAGGCCGCACGUGGCAUGUUCGCUACUAUCCCAACGGGAACAAGAACGAAGAUAUCGAUUACAUAUCCGUCUUUCUCGAAUUCGAUGGUACCGUCGCCGAGGCCGAGGCCGUGAAGGCACAAGCCAAGUUCAGCUUGCUCGACCAAGAUGGGAAUCCGGCGCCGACCUAUAGCUGGGGAACCGGCACCAGAAACUACUCCGUGGAAAAAACUUGGGGAUUCAAACAGUACAUCAAAAGGGAUGAGUUGGAGAAAUCAGAGCUUCUCAAGGACGAUUCCUUCGCUGUCAAGGUCGAUGUCACUGUCAUGAGCGAGUUCCACGCACGGAAGACACCAACCAUCGUGGUGCCACCGUCCGACAUACACCGGCACCUCGGGGAUCUCCUGUCGAGCAAGGCGGGCGUCGAUGUCGAAUUCCGGGUCGGCGGGGAGACAUUCUCGGCGCACCGAUUGGUGCUCGCGGCACGGUCUCCGGUCUUCAGAGCAGAGUUCUUUGGGAACAUGAAGGAGAGCACCACCACUGAGCCCAUAUGUAUAGAUGCCAUUGAGGCAGAGGUGUUCAAGGCUCUGCUUGCUUUCAUGUACACGGAUGCAUUGCCUGAUAUGGAUCAACAGGAGGAAUCUGCCAUGGCUCAGCAUUUGCUGGUUGCAGCAGAUAGGUAUGAUCUGGAGAGGCUGAAGCUGAUUUGUGAAGAUAAGUUGUGCAAUCAUAUCGAUACGAGCUCCGUGGCGACUAUCUUGGCCUUGGCGGAGCAGCACCACUGCCACGAGCUUAAGGCGGCAUGCUUGGUGUUCCUCAGCUCGCCAGUGAAUCUGGAUGGGGCCAUGGAGUCUGAAGGUUUCCAGUUUUUAACCAAGAGCUGCCCUGGUGUUAUUAAGGAUCUUCUAAUGUCCCACGUUGCUCCUAGUUUACUUGGGAAAAGAAAAUCAAAGGCAUGA